AUGAAUAUCGAAAAACUGUGUAGCAUUGAAAAGAGUACACCUCUGGAUGAUCAUAAAAAGCGCCAACAAAUUGCUGGAAUGUUUCAAAAGUUAGUGAAAGAAGAGAGUCAUGUCCGAGAAUUGGAACAAUUCAAUGGUUUUGUCAACUUGAAACAACUCGCCAUUAGUGAAGAUUCUCUCACUCGGAAGAGAGCAUUUGCCACCAUGUGUAACAUUUCAGCCAUUGAAACAUGUACUGAAGUGAUGAGAAUUCAUAACUGCAUUCAACUCUUGUGUGAGAGAUUGAAUCCACAAUUAUCUGAAGAUGUUUCUGUUUUGGAAAAUAUUACAAGUACUCUAUUGAAUACAUUUAUUGAUGCUAAAAAUAGAGAAUGGUUGAAAGAAUGUGAAAAUUGUAAACAAUAUUUAACAUUUAUGAUUCAAACACUUGAAGAAAUGAUGAAGAAUGAUCAUGCUAGCAUGGAUGAACAACAUAAUUCCACCAUUUACAAUUUAUUGAUUGCAUUCAGUUCGAUUGCAUUGGAAGAAUCAUUGAGUGAAAAAAUUAUGCAAUUUGGAGGAGUGACAUUUUUUUGUCAAGUCAUUUCAAAUUUAAAAACAGAGAGAGAGGAUUAUUCUGAAGAGAUUAUGGAAGGCAUUACUGCAUCAUUGUGGAAUUUAUUAUUAAUUGAUUCGGUCAAGAAAUUUGUGAUGAAAGGUUGUGAAAAUAAGAUAGAUACCAAACAAUUAAUUGAAAAGUUAAUUGGAUUGUCAAAUUCCAAGUUUGUCAAUGUGAAGAGAAAUACCUCUCACAUUAUUCAAAUUCUCAGUUCCAAUACAAGUGAUGAUGACGAUGAAGGUACUACUAGGAACACGAGUGAGAGCAACAUGGAUACAAGUACGACUUCCUCUUCUUCGAGAACACCAUCAUUGACUGACAAGUCGACCAACUCGACAUCAACUCCUUCCUCCUUCUCCUCCGCUUCUUCUUCUUCUCCUCCUCAAUCACAACAUUCACAUUUUGAAAAUUUAUUUGAAAGUUCAGAAAUGAUUCAAAAAUUAAUUUCGGAUGUGAAACAAUCUUCAACCUCUUCAAAAAUCAUUGAUCCUGAACUAAUCAAAACUUCGAGUGGUAUUUUGUGGAAUAUGGCUGGUUCAAGUCCUCAAGUGAGACUUAAAAUUAGACAACUCGAUGGUAUUCCAGUAUUAGUGAAUGUGUUAUUAAUCUCUCUCAAAUUAUUGACUUUGAGACAAACAUCACAACUCAAAGAAGUGAUUUACAAAAUCACAGGAGCAUUGACUUGUCUCUCACUCGAUGAACAAAAUUCUCUUGAAAUUGGUUCCCAUGCUCAAGUCAUUCCCUCUCUAUUGAAUUCUUUUCAAUUUCUCAAAGAUGGUCUUUCAUUCUCAGUGUUAGAAAAUUUGUUAACACUUCUCAACAAUUUAUCCAUUGUGAAAGAAAAUCGAAAACAAGUUCAUGAAUUGAAAGGUAUUCCAAUGAUGAUUCAAUUUCUUAAAACAUCAAAUUCUCAUCAUACUCCUUCUCAAGAGGAAUUGAAAUUAGCAGAGAAGGCCACCAAUGUUUUGACCAAUAUGGCCAUUGAUGAUGAUUCUUCGAAUAGUAUUCGUGAAGAGGGUGGAAUUGAAAAAUUAGUGGAAUUGGUCUCUUUGGAUCAUUUGCAUCAGAAUGAGGAAAAGGAUGACUCCAUUUCUACUCGUAGUACUUCUUCGAGUAAUAAUAGCACUACUACUACUACUACUUCUAAUACUGAUACUCAUAAUACCACUACUAACAUUAAUACCACUACUACUACUUCUACUACUACUAAUAAUAAUACUAUUGGUGGUAAAAAGCAUCAUCCAUCCUCUCCACCACAAGAAGAACAAGUCAAUCACGUGAAAAAGAAAGCUGCUCAUACCUUGUGGAAUUUAAUGAUUCAGGAUGAAAAUUUGAAAAAGAUUGAACAAGUGGGUGGUUUGAAACCAUUGGUUCAUUUACUUCCACAAACCAAUUUGGAAGAUUUAGUGGAAAGUCAAUUGAGAAGGAAAGAACAAGAAGAGGAUGAAGAGGAUGCUCUUUCCUAUAGCAGUGGUGGUGGUGAUGCUAAUGAUGAUGAUGAACAUGGUGUUGUGAUGGUAUCCACCACUGAUGAUGAUGAUAUUCAUCAUGUAGUACAUUCCUCACCUGAAGAAGAAGAAGAAGUGAUGGUAUUGGAGAGAAAACAACAACACCACCAUCAGCAACAACAUGAAGAGGAGAAGGAUCAAGCAGUCAAUAAUGUUCAGAAUCAGCAACAACAAGAUUUUGAAUCCAACAACAACAAGAAACAACAACGACCACAUGGCGAUGAUACUACUACUUCUACUCAUCAAUCUUCUUCCACAGUGAUGAUGGGCACUAGAAUGACCAAAGAACAAUCGCAACAAGUCAGAAAUUUAUUACGACAUUGGGGAAGUAUCAGUGAAGAGGAUUCCAUUGUCAAUGCCAUCAAGAAGGAUGAUGAUGAAAUGAAUAAGGAAGUGAGUUCGAAGACUCCUUUUGAAAAAACCUUACAAGUGGAUUCAUUAUCAUCCCCUCGAGCCUUAACAACAACAACUGCCAACAGCACUACAAAAAUAGCAGUUACUCCAAAAGAGGAAAACCCAAUCACUACCUCCUCCUCUUCUUCGAGUAAUAAUAGCACUACUAAGGCAACAACAACAACAUUAUCAUCCUCAUCGUCAACGACUGGUCCUACCACUCUCAAAAUGACCAUUCAAAAACCAGAAAUUGUCAUUGAUUAUGGUCAUACGAGUACCAAUAAUAACAAACCCUCUUCAGUCUCUAUCCAACAGCAACCAUCACAACAAUUAUCACAACAACAGCAAUCAUCACAACAAUUACCACAACAACAGCAAUCAACAACCACAAAAGACAUCUCAACAAGUAUCGUUCAUGUCAAGAAAGCGGAAGAGGUUUCUGUUGAGGAUAUUGAUAAUGAUGAAAUCAAAACAACUCAUAGUACAAGAAUGACCAAGAAAAGUAAUGAUCACAAAGUUAGAGUUAAUAGUAGUAGUAGUAGUAGUGGUGGCAAUGAUGGUGAUGGUGGUGGUACUCAAGAUGUUGCUGUUGGUGGAACCUCAGAAGAAGAAGAAGCAACAACAUCUCAACGUGUUGUUGUUGUUGAAACAAUCACCACUCCACCACCACCAGCAACCAUCACCAACCAAACAGAAAUGAAAAAGUCAGUUGUCGUCAACAUGAAAGAAGAACAGACCUCUGUUUCAGAACAUCCUCAAACAACAACAACAACUUCAAGUGUGGAUGUUGUGAAAGAAAAAGUCCUCGAACCAACAACAACCUCAACAACCUCAUCAUCAUUACCAUCGACUACAAAACCAAUUACGAGUACAACAACAACUAGUAGUAGUAGUACUACAAUAUCAAACAAUUCGAUGACUUCCUCUUUGCACUCUCCUCAACAUCAACCAACAUCUUCUUCUUCACUUACUCCUUCAAUCAAAGAAGAUAAGAUAGAUAAACCUGAACAACAACAAUCAUCUCCACCAUCUUCUUCACUUACUACUCCUAUCAAAGAAGAUAAGAAUAAGGAAUCUUCUUCUUCAUUAUUAGAUGGCAAUACCACCACGACACCAUCAAAAGAUUCUCCAUUCAAACAUAAUGAUGCCAGCUUGAUAUCACCACCUUCACCUUCUCAAGUGAUUUCAUCUCUAAUGAUGACGACAACUACUGGUGGUGGUAUCAAGACGACUUCAACAACAACUCUUAAUGCUGAAAAAGUGAAAAGUGUCAAAUCACCCUCUGAAGAGUUCAAAGUUCCACUUUUAAAACUUACAGAAACAACAACACCCUCCUCACCUCAACAACAACAACCUUUUGAAACACAAGGAAUGGAUUCGAGUCAUUAUCUCACACCAAUGGACAUUAGAACCACCAACAUUACUGUCACACCCACUUCUGAUGGUUGUAUCAAAUCACCACAAGCAAUACCACUCACUCCCACACAUUCCAUGAUCUCAGGUGUCGAUGAAUAUGUCACUUCAGAAUAUAUUGACACUGAAUCCUACACAGGUGAAGAUGCUACUCCAAGUAUUUAUGAAGUAUCGACUUGUAAUCAAUCAUCAUUUAUGAUCAAUCCUUUGAAUGAAACGAGUCGUAAUGAAAUGAUGGACGCCAGUGAAGAUCACAACAACAACAACAAUGAAGAGUAUGAGGAAGAUGAGGAAGAUGAGGAUGACUUGACCUUUGAAGAACGAGAUGAUAUGACCAUUCUACAAAAUAUUGGAGUGGAAUCUUGUGAAGAUUUGGAAGAUUUUGAAGAUCACAACAACAACAACAACAACACGAGUAGUAUCACUUCCAAUCCAACACCUUCUUCUUCUCAACAACAACAACAACAACAAUUAUCUUCUUCAAUGACCUCUCAGAUGAUAAUAAUAACCUCUCCUCGUCCAUUACUUUCUCCAAAAUCCUCACAAAAAUCCUCUUUUCAAAUUUCACAAGAGAAACGAGUGGAACAAAUUAUUUGGUUUUAUGAAACUGAAAAAUUGUAUACCAAGAUUUUAGAAAUUAUUGAUUCCACUCUCGUGUCCAAUGAUUCAUUGAAGAAUACCGUAUUGGGAAGACAAGCUCAUUCAGAGAUUUUCAGUGAUUUUGAUUGUAUUCGAAUGAUUAAUAAGGAUUUAUUUCAUGAAUUGGAUACACUUUACACCAAAUGUCAAGGAGAUGCUAAAUUAAUUGAUGAAAUUCAAGUAGGACGUUUAAUUCUCAAAAGAAUUCCAACUCUACGUCUCUACAAGACGUAUUGCAAUAAUUUAGAAAAAUUAUUACAAUGUUUGACCGAUAUUGAAUCCAAUAAUGCAAACUAUAUGGCUUAUUACGAUCGAUUAGUGUCCGAUCGAUUAACAGAGGCCAUUCAAGACUAUCAGAGAGAACUCUACAAGUACAAUAGUACUACCAAUAGUAGUAGUAGUCUUGGAACUAGUAUUCUGAGUGGUAGUGGUAGUAGUACUAGUCUUGGUAGUAAUUCAACCAAUGCCAUGACACCAAGAUCGAGAGUUCUCUCCACACUGGUUCAACAUCAAUUCAAUAGUAGUACUAGUAAUAGUCUUGGUAGUAGUAAUAGUCUUGGUAAUGAUAAGAGUAUGAAUCGUUUGAGUUUGACAAGUACGAGUGGUGGUGGUGGUGGUAUGAAUGGUGGAAUGGACAAAUCAAAAUUCAUUCGACUCUCACAGAUCCUCUCCAAAUCACCCUUUGAACGCAUUCAAUUCUAUGUGAAUUGGCUUCAAGAAAUGGCCUAUAAGUUUUCAGAUGCCACCUAUCCCGAUCAAAAAUGUUUACAAGAAUCACACGAACAAAUGCAAGCCAUAUUUGAUCAUUGUCUCAACAAAUUUAAUGAAUUGGAAAAGUUGGAGAGAUUUAGUCAAAUGUUGGAUGGAAAUUUCCUUUCACAAAAUAGACGCUAUUACACGAUGGAUAAUUUAGGAUUUCCAGAACCACAGAAUAUUAAUGAAUAUAAAUUGUAUCAACAAUGGAAGAAGAGUUAUGAUGUGAAAUGUAAGAAGGUGAAAAAAGAAUGGAGCAAAAAGAAUUUAUCAGAAAUUCUCUCCAAUAAUAGUGGAAUUAAGAAUUUAAUUAAGAAGUAUGGAAUUAGUGCUUCAUUUAGACCUCGAGUAUGGAUGGAAAUUAGUGGAGCUCAGCAAAAACUGAAUGAAAACACUGGAUACUACAAAAAGAUACUCUCUGUUCACACUUCACAAAUGAAAAAUCCUUGGUUUGAUCAAAUUGAAAAAGAUCUCAAGAGAACCUAUGUUCAUCAUCCAUUCUUUAAUGAUGAAAAGGUGUUGUCUGCUUUGAGAAGAGUCUUAAUUGCCUAUUGUUGGAGAAAUCCACUUGUAAGCUAUUCUCAAUCCUUUAAUUAUAUUGCUGGAUUGUUGUUAUUGCAUUUGAGUGAAGAAGAAGUAUUUUGGUUGUUUGUGGCAGUUCUUGAGGAUUAUUUACCUGCAAAUUACUAUUCACCUGAAUUGAAAGGUGUUCUUGUCGAUGCAUUAGUAUUUGAAGAAUUACUUAGUGUGAAUCUUUACAAAUUAUCUCAUCACUUUAAGAAUCUUGAUUUUGACAUUUCCACAUUCACCAUGUCCUUCUUUAUGAAAUUAUUCACUGUCGAUUUCCCUGUAGAGACAACAUUAAGAUUUUGGGAUGCAUUUCUAUGUUAUGGAAGUCAAAUGAUGUUUCGAACCAUUUUGGCCAUGUUAAAGUUAAAUCAAGAUAUUCUUCUCAAAACCAAUGAUGUCUCUGAGAUUAUGUUAACCAUGCAAGAUAUUGUCAAGACACAAUUUGAUGUUCAGAAAAUUAUGAAAACAGCAUUUGGAUUUUCAAAGAUUACUCAUGAAAAAGUUCAACAAUUGAGAAAGAAAUAUUUACCAUUGAUUGAGAUGGAAUUGGAGAGACAACGAGAAAGAAGAAGAUGA